AUGGCUGCUGCAGAAGAAGUGGACGAUGUCGGAAGAACAAUUGAGGAAGAGGCUGUUUGUGAGAAGAGAGAAAGAGAAGACGAAGCUGAAACAUUGGCGCCAUGGGAGCAACACGCCAGCAUCAUAAGCAUCCCUCGUUUCGACUACACAGCUCCUUCUUCUCUGCUUCAUCAUUCUCAUUCCGGCUUCCUCGUCACCUGCUCAAUCAAAAGGGAGAAGAGUGCUACAAAAGAGGUCAUGUCCAUCCUUGGAAAAGUGUUGCCCAUUGGUGAGGAGAGUGCUCAAGUUCUCAAAUCUUCUGAUGCAUCUAAAAAACGAAAACUUUGUGCACAAGAGAUAGAAGAAGACGAAGAGAAGACCUCACCUCUCGACACUGAUCCCUUGCAGGAAACAGGUGAAAAUCCAACUGUUGAGCAUCUCAAAUCGGCCAAAGAAAGUAUCAGUGAAGAACACAAGUCUCUCAUGUCAUUGGUUAAGCUGACCAAGAGUGGCUUGCUUCUUUUUACUUUCCCUGUUGAAAACUCUCUCGAUACAACGAAUAUUGUCUCAAGGAUCUUCCAGUCUAUGGAAUCUGGAUCUCUGAAGGCACCAAUCUGGUGCCAUCGGAUAUGCCCUGUUCAAGCUACUUGUGGUUUGACAGAGAAAGAACUUCGGGAAACAGUGGCAAAGCUUGUUCAGCGGUUUGUCGAUGAUAAACACAAUACACUAUCGAAACCCGUCAAGUUUGCAGCUGGAUAUAACCGAAGAGGUGUGGAGGAGACGAAAGGAAAGAUCAAGAAAGAAGCAUCAGAGGUUCUGGAUCAAUGUCCUUUGUUGGACCGCACCAAAUGCUUUGAAACUGUUGCCGCCGGCGUGAAAGACAUUGUACCUGAUUCAGUUGUUGAUCUCAAAACUCCAGAGUUAUGUGUUCUGGUGGAACUCUUGCCUCUCUCUAGAAUACCAAAUGGCUCCUUUGUAGCUGCUGUUUCAGUGCUUCCACAUAGACUCGUCAGCACAAAGCCGAAACUCGCCAUCAAGCCUCUAGUCCCUGAAACCAAACAGAACAAGGGACAAAACUGA